AUGAUUAAAAUGGCUGUUCCCACUGGAAACGCCGACCUCUUUCUCCGGCCUCUCAUUCUCGCCGUUCUCACCCUUCUUCUUGUCUCUUCUUUCGUAUUCUCAGCAGAGUUGCUCGAUGUCGAUUCCUCCGAUCUCAAAGCUCUUCAAGUCAUCGAGAGAGAGCUCGGAGUCAACGGUCAACCUUCUUCGUCGAGUGGAGUCAACCCGUGCGGCCGAGGAGGAGUUUUCUGCGAGAGACGGCUCUCCACCGACACCGAAGAAUACGUUCUCCGUGUCACGAGGCUUGUCUACCGUUCCCGGAGCUUGACGGGGACCAUUUCGCCGGUGAUCGGAAAACUGUCGGAGCUCAAGGAACUCACUUUGUCUAACAACCAGUUGGUCAAUGGUCUUCCAGUGGAUGUCUUAAACUGUAAGAAACUGGAAGUCCUUGAUGUUCGAAACAACAGAUUUUCCGGUCAGAUUCCGGGAAACUUCUCUCGUUUGGUCCGUCUUCGAAUCCUUGACCUUUCUUCCAACAAACUCUCCGGGAACUUGAAUUUCUUGAAGAACCUACGCAAUCUUGAGAACCUCUCCGUUGCAAACAAUCUCUUCUCAGGCAAGAUCCCGGAGCCAGCUGUGUCGUUCCACAACCUCCGGUUCUUUGAUUUCUCUGGAAACCGGUUUUUGGAAGGUCCGGUUCCGGUUAUGAGCAAAACCAAGCUUCAGACAUCUCCACACCAAACAAGACACAUUCUUGCUGAAACUCCAUCUUCAAAUUCCACGAAGAAACCAAACAACACCACCACAUCGAAAGCAAAAGGGCAAACUCCAAAGCCAGAGAAAAAGAAGAAGAAGAAGAAGAACAAAAAGAAGAAAGCAGCGGCGUGGAUCUUAGGGUUCGUAGUUGGAGGCAUAGGCGGAACAAUCUCUGGUUUUGUCUUCUCGGUGAUGUUCAGAAUGAUUCUUAGAGCAAUAAGAGGACCAGAAAAACCAUCAGGUCCUUCCAUAUUCAGCCCAUUGAUCAAGAGAGCUGAAGAUUUAGCUUUCUUGGAGAACGAAGAAGCUUUAGCCUCUCUGGAGGUCAUUGGAGAAGGAGGUUGUGGAAAAGUCUUUAAAGCGGAGCUACCAGGAAGCAACGGGAAGAUCAUCGCCGUGAAGAAAGUUAUACAACCGGCUAAAGACGCCAACGAACUUACAGACGAAGACUCCAAGUUUCUGAACAAGAAAAUGAGGCAAAUCAGAUCAGAGAUCAACACAGUAGGCCAAAUCCGGCACCGGAAUCUUCUCCCAUUGUUAGCACACGUGCCAAGACCAGAGUGUCACUACCUCGUCUACGAGUACUUGAAGAAUGGGAGUUUGCAAGAUAUACUAAGCGAUGUGUCAGCUGGAAACAAAGAGCUAAUGUGGCCCGCAAGGCACAAGAUUGCUUUAGGUAUAGCCGCAGGGCUUGAGUAUCUUCACACGGAUCAUAGCCCAAGAAUCAUUCACAGAGACCUAAAGCCAGCAAAUGUUCUUCUUGAUGAUGACAUGGAGGCAAGAAUCUCAGACUUCGGGCUGGCAAAGGCAAUGCCUGAUGCGGUCACACACGUGACAACAGCGAAUCUCGCAGGUACUGUUGGAUACAUUGCACCAGAGUAUCAUCAAACUCUCAAGUUCACAGAUAAAUGUGACAUCUUUAGCUUUGGAGUGAUUCUUGGGGUUCUGGUGAUCGGAAAGCUUCCUUCAGAUGAGUUUUUCCAGCAUACAGACGAGAUGAGUCUGAUAAAGUGGAUGAGGAACAUAAUAACAUCGGAGAAUCCAAGCCUUGCGAUUGAUCCGAAGUUGAUGGGACAAGGAUUCGACGAACAGAUGCUUUUGGUUCUGAAAAUCGCUUGUUACUGUACUUUGGAUGAUCCGAAACAGAGGCCCAACAGCAAAGAUGUCAGGACUAUGUUAUCCCAGAUCAAGCACUAG